AUGUAUGUGAUGUGGGUCAAAUGUCAGAACGACGGAUGUCUAGUACAGGAAAAUGAAAUCACCACAGAUGUUCGCCAUGUUUGUCUUGGUGCAAGAGAAUUGGCAGCAAAUGGACCUAGCGAGGUAGACGACGACAAUAGUGACGGAUUCACUCUUAGAGAACGUCUCAGACGACUGAGGGUUAGAGCUUCAAUGAUGUACAGAAGUUUGAGAUCUCUUAAAAUUCAUUACCUAUUGCGCCGACUCGAACAGGACUAUGUAGCCUUAACAACUGUAACUGGAGUUUUGAAACAGAUGAGCGAGGAUGGAGUUCAUUCACCGGAAAUGACAGAAGCAAGUGUCAGUGUGCAAAAUACUAUUUGUGAAUUAUUUCUAACAAUAUUGAAAAUAAGGCAAAUAUCUGAUACACAUGAACAACUAAUGGAGAGCCACGUUAGUGGAAAUGGACUGUACAAUGGCGUCAUACCCUGGUGCACGGUGAGAAAUAUCCUAUGUCAGGAAGAAAGAAAUUACAUUAUAUUGACGCAUCUGGUGCACUUUGGUAGUUUAUUAAGAUACAACAUUAGACUUCUGAUAUUGUAA